AUGAACUCACUCACCUCAAAUUCGCUGCCAACGUUGCCGCCCGUGGCUGGUGGCAUCAUGGCCUCGCCACCCGCGCACCGCCAACUCGUGGUCUUCGACAACAGCAGCACCUUCACACCACUGCUUGCAGAUGGUGAUGCUUGCGGAUAUGCUGCCUCAAAUAAAAACGAAUCUAUUUGCGGGGAUGGACUUUGCUGCAGCUUCAAGAGUAACCUCUGUAGCUCUGAUGAACAGUCUUGCGGUGCAGUCUACUGCCUCCCCAGUUUCAGCACUGGCUGUAAAUUACAAGGCACUAUCAACAAGCCGAAGCCGCACGCCACAUCACCCAGUCACAACUCGUCAUCGUUUCCCCAGAAGCGCCAGAGUUCGUCUGCAGAGUACGCAAAGUCCAAGCCCUCAACUUCUUCGGAUCUAUAUCAAAAACCACCUCUUCGCUGGCUGUCUCAUCUGUCGCGCCCCGAGCUGGGACCCGUGCCCUACGGAGAACUGAUCACCACAUGCAACAAGCCCGGGACAGUCGCCCUGACCUUCGACGACGGGCCGUGGCAGUACACCGAGGACCUUCUCGACAUUCUACGUAACUACGAGGCCGUGGCGACCUUCUUCGUCUGCGGUGGUAACAUGGGCGGCGACGGCCAGAUCACAGACUACGGCCACCCGAAACUCCUGCGACGCAUGGUGAAGGAGGGCCACCAGGUCGGCACGCAUACUUGGGCGCAUCCGGACCUCACCACGGUCGAUGAUCGCGGCAUCGUCGAGCAGUUGUUGCUCAACGAGCAAGCCCUCGUGCAGACUCUGGGCCGGAUCCCUACGUACUUCCGCCCGCCCUACUUUAGCACCAAUGACGACGUGCUCGACAUGGUCGGCUCACUUGGGUACCACGUCAUCAACGCGGGCGUCGACACGAAUGACUGGAGGGAAGACUAUGACGCCGCUCGUCAGACCUUCACCCAGGCGCUCCAGCAAGGCCCGCGGGAUGGGUCCGCCGGCAAGAUUGUCCUCGCGCAUGACAUCCACGACCGCACCGUGCACGAGCUCGCCGCCUUCAUGAUCGAGGAGGCCCGUGAUGCGGGAUUCCGCCUCGUCACUGUCGGGGAGUGCUUGGGCGACCCGAAGCAGAACUGGUACCGCGACCCCAAGACGGGCGGGUCUUAUGGCUCUGCAAGCAGCAAGCCGGGCAAGCCCAGCAAGCCGGGCAAGCCGGGCAAGCCGGGCAAGCCGGGCAAGCGGGAUGCGGACGUGCCUCUUGAUGGGCAGGGUGAGGAGCCUGCGGGCUUGCUCAGGAGCUAUUACCAUCCAAGCCCCACGAAGCGCCUUGAAAAUGCGUCCUCCAUUCCCACCCCUGACGAGGAGUACAACACGCUCACCGCACGGGCAGCCGGACCUUCCGAGUCUGUUGGUACAGGUGUGGCCCGGCGAGGACUAGAAAGAUAUGAUGAGCUGCCGCAGCCACGCGCCAUGUCGCUCGCCUUUGGGCCUGGUGCAGGCCCCGUGAACGAGGGUGGCUCUCCUUCUUCCAAGGCCACCUUUUCUCUUGCCCUGGCGCUGGUCACAGUGUUCUUCUUCCUGCAGUGA